UAAUAUAAUAUCUGUAAUUGGUGUGUGUUGAGUCGAAAUCAUUCUCAUUCGAGUCGAAGCAGGCCGAGUGUCGCUGGUUUCUAUAAUUUCGAUUAAAAAAUGCCUCUUGUUACAGAUCUAGACGUCCUUAGGGAUAUCGCGACCAGGAUAAGGAUCCAUAGUGUGGAAUCGACAGCUGCCGCUAAUUCUGGCCAUCCCACAACAUGCGCCUCCAUUGCCGAGAUCAUGUCCGUUCUGUUUUUCAACACCAUGCGGUACGCCACCUGUUCGCCCAGAGACCCGUCAAGUGACAGAUUCGUCCUGUCUAAAGGACACGCAGCCCCAGCACUGUACGCCGCCUGGAUCGAAAACGGUCUCAUUCCGGCGCCAGAAAUUUUGAAACUGAGACAGUUGGGAUGCGACCUUGAAGGCCAUCCCACACCCCGAUUGAACUUCGUCGAUGUCGGUACGGGCUCUUUGGGCCAAGGUUUGGCCAUCACAGCCGGUAUGGCCUACACUGUUAAACAUUAUGACAAGAUUGACGCAAGAAUUUAUUGUCUGAUCGGAGAUGGUGAGAGCGCCGAAGGUUCGAUUUGGGAAUCUAUCGCUUUCAUCAGUUACUACAAAUUGGACAACGUGGUUCUGAUAAUCGACGCCAACCGGCUGGGUCAAUCCGAACCCACCGCUGUCGCCCACAAUCUCGACCUCUACAAGCAGAGAUUGGACGCGUUCGGCUGGAACGCAGUCAUCGUGGAUGGCCAUGAUGUAGGCGCCUUGGUGAAGGCUUUCGACGAUGCCGAAUCUGUAAAGGGCAAACCUACGGCCCUUAUAGCCAAAACCUACAAAGGAAGAGAUUUCCCUGGUAUCGAAGACAAGGAAAACUGGCACGGAAAGGCUUUGGGCAAGGAAACAGAAAGGAUUUUGACUCAUCUUAGAGGUCUUUUAAAAUAUCAAGGUGACCUAAAAUACACCAUACCUAAACCACUCAACGUCGCUCCUCAAGUUAAUAUCAGAAAUAUUACUCUCUCCUCCCCACCAAGCUAUAAACUGGGUGAAGCCAUAGCCACCCGUCAAGCUUACGGAACAGCCUUGGUAAAAAUCGCUCAAACCAACCCGAGGGUGAUCGCUUUAGACGGUGACAUGAAGAAUUCCACGUUCUCUGAACAGCUGAAAAAAUUCGACCCCAACAGGUACAUCGAAUGCUUCAUUGCCGAACAAAAUCUUGUCGGAGCAGCUAUUGGAGCAGCUUGCAGAGACAGGGUGGUGGCUUUCGUAUCUACUUUUGCAGCUUUUCUUACCAGAGCUUUUGACCAAAUUCGUAUGGGAGCUAUUUCUCAGACCAACGUCAACUUUGUUGGAUCACAUUGCGGUGUAUCGAUUGGUGAAGACGGUGCGAGUCAAAUGGCUCUCGAAGAUUUAGCUAUGUUCAGGGCUAUUCCUGGAGGUACCGUCUUUUAUCCUGCCGAUGCAGUAGCUUGUGAACGAGCUGUAGAAUUAGCUGCCAACACUCCCGGAGUUUGCUAUCUCAGAGUGAACAGGCCAACUACAAAGGUCGUAUAUCCCAAUGACCACCAUUUCGAGAUUGGAAAGGCUACCGUUGUUUUCUCAUCUCCUAAAGACCAAGUCUUAGUUAUUGGCGGUGGAAUAACACUCCAGGAAUCUAUCACAGCAGCCGCAGAACUAGCCCAGCAAAAGAUUUAUGUGAGAGUGCUGGACUUGUUCACUAUUAAACCCAUCGAUCAGCAGGCCAUCAUCAAAAACGCACGUGAAGUUGGCGGUAGGAUUUUGGUAGUGGAAGAUCACUAUCCCGAAGGCGGUAUUGGAGAAGCUGUCCUAUCAGCAGUCAGCGAAGAGAGGGAUAUUUUUGUAAGGAAAAUUGCAGUACCCAGAGUACCAAGGUCUGGAACACCCGCGGCUGUAUUGGACUACUACGGACUCACGGCCAAACAUAUUGCUAAUUAUAUAAAAGAUAUUCUAAAGAAGUAGAAGAGCUCCAUUUUGAAUGCAUAUACACUGUUAUUUUUUUUAAAUAUACAUUUUGUUUUU